AUGGCUAAUAGUAAUUUAAACUUUGUCAAAAGAAAACGGUCUGCAAAUUGGGAUGCAUUAGAAAAGAGUUUAUUGAAAAAAAGCGAUGAAAAACAUCCAGAGGUUCAAAGUCAGGAGAAGUCCUCGGUUAAUACAAUAACACAAGAGUAUGUUAUCACUCCAGAAGAUAGUAAUGAUAAUGUGCAAGAGAAUAUUACACCACUACCUUUCAAUGUGCAAAAUGAAAAAGAUAGAACAAAACAAAAAUUAUCAUUCAAUCGUAUGAAUGAUAAUAUACACACAACCAAACGUGAGGAUAGAGACUUAACCAGAGAGCGCAAUCAUGUUCUUGUCAGUUGCGUAAAGGAAGAACAUGAUUUAAAAAUGAAAAAUAUGAUGGAAGCUCAUAGUUUUAUUAAAGAGGAACAUAAUUUAAAAAUCCAAAAAAUGUUAUUGGAAAAAGAAGAAACGCAGCUUCGUGUUGAAAAACUUAAAUUAGAAAUUUUACUUUUAAAAUCAAAAUUGCCACAAUAA